GGUAAUAAAUAUAUCAGGAAAAUACGAUUAAUAUUUUAAAUAAACUAAAUUUCAUAAAAUUAGACAAAUGGAUAUAGCUUUAACACCUGUAUAAUUGUAAUAGCUAUAUAAAAGUGCAUUUUUUUUAUUUGAAGUUGGAAGGCUUAAUUAUACGAUAUAACCUAACUUUUUUUUAGAAAAAAAAAAAAAUUAUAUAUAUAUGUGUUCAUAAAAUAUAAGUGUACUUUUAGCAAGCAAAAACUUAAACAUGGGAAAAACAUCUAAAGAUAAAAGGGAUAUAUACUAUAGAUUAGCAAAAGAAGAAGGAUGGAGAGCAAGAAGUGCAUUUAAAUUAUUACAAAUUAAUGAAGAGUAUAAUAUUUUUGACGGUGUAUUGCGAGCCGUUGAUUUAUGUGCUGCUCCCGGUAGUUGGAGUCAGGUAUUAACAAAAAAGUUACAUCAAAACACAGAAAACGAAGAUGACGUGAAGAUAGUUGCGGUAGAUUUGCAAGCUAUGGCAUCACUCCCUGGAGUUAAACAAAUUCAAGGAGAUAUUACAAAGAUUUCAACAGCAAAUGAGAUAAUUAAGGAAUUUGAAGGCCUAAAAGCGGAUUUAGUUGUAUGUGACGGAGCACCAGAUGUAACAGGAUUACAUGAUAUUGAUGAAUAUGUUCAAUCACAACUUCUACUUGCUGCAUUAAAUAUAACCACACAUGUGCUUAAAACUGGUGGAAUUUUUGUUGCUAAAAUAUUCAGGGGCAAAGAUGUAACUUUAUUGUAUUCACAGUUGAAGCUUUUUUUUGAGUUUGUAACAGUUUCAAAGCCGAGAAGUUCAAGAAAUUCCAGUAUUGAGGCUUUUGUUAUAUGUCAGAACUAUAACCCACCCCCUGAUUAUAUUCCUACUAUGGUUAAUCCAUUACUUGAUCAUAAAUAUUGUGAUUUCAACGAGUUUACAGGCCCUAAUAGAUUCAUAGUACCGUUUAAUGCUUGUGGUGACCUCAGUGCUUAUGAUUCUGAUACAUCAUAUCCUUUGUUAUUAGAAGGACAAGCUUCUUAUGAAUAUAAGGAACCUGUCCAAGGACCUAUAGACCCUCCAUAUAAGGAGAUAUUAGAAAAAAAUAAAUCAAUGCAAACAAAUAACUUAUAAGCCAAUAUUAAUACAAUUCUGACAUAUACAAAAGCCAAUCCACUCAAAAUAAUACAGAGGUUUUUCUAUCAUUCAUGAAAGUAAAGCCUGCAGCCUUGCAACUACUUACAUAGGGUUAAUUUUUAUCUCAUUGACCUAAUGUAAAUAAUAAAUAAAAUUUCUUAAUACUGUACCCGCACCCCCUCUCAUUGAUGUCUGUACAUUCGCUUAUGGAUAUUACACGCAAUUUUGUUGAGAGCCUAA